AUGCUCAUACGUCUAUACCUAGCUUUUAUCGGCGCCCUUUACGUGGACAAGGAUAUGACCUGGGUAGAACGCUUCUGCCAGGUCUGCUUUUGGCCCCGUCUUGUUGAGUUUAUUCUGAAACAGGAGUGGAAUGACGCCAAGUCCAAGUUACAACAGUGUUGUCUGACCUUUCGCUCGCUCAACGAGGAUCCGGAGAUUGCGCACUACAAGGUCCUUGAUCACAGUGGACCCAGCAACCAGAGAAUCUACCGUGUCGGCGUUUUCUUCCGCGGUGUUCGUCUUGCCGUUGGAACAGGUCGAUCGGUUCAAUGCGCGCAGAUGGAGGCUGCUAAGAUCGCCCUGGAAACUCAUCAGGAGACCUUUAAACAACUGGACUUCCAGCGCUCAGUCAUUGUAAGGCGGUACAAACAGCCAUAUAUCGAUAAAAUGUUGAACCAACUUGAAAGUUGGGACGAAGAACUAGUGGAUCGGUUUGUGGACACUCCAGCAGACGGCCUGGAGGACAAUCCGCAACCCUCCUCAUCGAUCUCCUCGGAAUCCCACACUAGUGCCGUUGACUUUCAGCGCCAUAAAGGUUACGACUUCAAGAGACGUCGCUCCUCGGCUGUGGCCACUGGCUCCUCAAAGUCACCUCCGGUGUUACUCAGCGGAACUCUUGCCGACUUCCUUAUUGGCCAUUCCGCACUGCGUGGAAGCGCUGACUAG